UGGAGCUUUGCAGAAGAGCAAGAGAUUCACCACAAACUGCAGAAGAGUAUCUGGAGGAUGGCAAAGUGUAAAACGGACUGCAUUGAAAGACCUUUGUCUCUGAUCUUCGAAAAGCUCGGCCGUGUUGUUGGUAGACAUCCAUGUGUGUUUAUUUUAUUAGUUUUAUAUGUGGCUGCUGCCCUUGGAGCCGGUUUCAUCUUUCUUCAGGAGAGGGAGGCACAUGAUAUUGAAGACCAGUUUACACCUGUCAAUGGACCUGCCAAGUUGGAGAGAGCGAUUGUGGUGGAAAAUUUCCCACAGUCUGAAGAGUUUUCUCAGUUACGACUUGUAUCUGAUGGCACUUAUGCCUCUUUGAUCAUCACAGGCUUGAAUGAAGAAAAUAUAUUAACUGAAGCAGCUUUUAAUGAUAUUAUAGAAUUAGACAGACAAGUGAAAAAUAUAAAGACUGGAAACACUUUUGAAAACCUCUGUGCCAAAACGAACGGAAAGUGCAUGUCAAAUGCAAUUUUAGACAUUAUAAAGUACAACGCUAAUGAAAUUGUUUCUUCAGAUAUAACAUAUCCAAUACAUAAUGGCGUGUUUUUGGGAACAACCAUCGGUGGUGUAGAACUAAAUGCAGUUAGCUCAGUGCUAACCAGUGCCAAAGCAGUCAGACUUUUUUAUUUCCUAGACGAGAAGAAGACAAAGGAAAACUCUUACUGGCUUGAUGGCUUUCUAAAACUCUUCUCAAACUAUACAGACCAGAAGACGGUUUCUGUGUCUUACUUUACAUCAGUAUCAAGACAGAAUGAGUUUGAGAGCAGUUCAGACUCUGUGAUUCCUCUCUUCUCUGUUACAUAUUUCCUGGCCAUUAACAUUUCAGUUCUGUCUUGUUUGAGGUUAGACUGUGUCAGGACGAAGGUGUGGGUGGCCAUGUUUGGUGUUGUCUCCGCUGGUAUGGCCGUGUUGGCCAGCUUUGGACUGCUGCUGUUCUGUGGGAUGCCGUUUGCCAUGACUGUAGCCUCAGCCCCCUUUCUGAUUCUCGGUGUUGGUGUUGAUGACAUGUUCAUAAUGAUUUCCUGCUGGCAGAAGACUGAAGUUGAUAAAGAAGUUGAGUUUCGCUUAGCAGAAACAUUUAAAGAGGCCGGCGUGUCCAUCACUAUCACCACACUGACAGAUGUACUGGCUUUCUACAUUGGCCUCUUGACGCCAUUUAGAUCAGUUCAGUCAUUCUGCAUGUACACCAGCACAGCUCUUCUAUUCUGCUACAUCUUCAACAUCACCUUCUUUGGUGCGUGUCUCGCACUCAAUGGACGGAGAGAGAAAGCCAACAGACACUGGCUGACCUGCAUGACAGUCCCAGAAGCUAGUGGUAAUGGUAAAUCUUGCUGUGUUGGUGGGUCUUAUGAUAAAAACACGCGUAAAGAAUACAAAAUGCCAAUUGAUUCGUUCUUUAAAAACUAUUACGGCCCUUUUCUGACAAGAGUGUGGGUUAAGAUGCUUGUGUGUAUGAUCUAUGCCGGGUAUUUGGCAGUCAGUAUCUAUGGAUGCUUCCAAAUACAGGAAGGACUAGAUUUGAAACAUCUAGCAGCAGAUGGUUCAUAUGUUGCUGAUUACUAUGACAACGAGGAUGCAUUUUUCUCUGCUUUUGGUCCUAAUGUCAUGUUAGUCAUAAAGGAUGAAGACUUUCAGUACUGGAAUCCAGCCGCUCGUGAAAGUCUUGAUUUGUGUUUGAAAAACUUUCAAAAUCUGACAAUGGCAGAUUCAGACAUUUCACCUUUUUCUUGGCUGCAUGAAUAUGUUCAAUUUGGGCUGAAUGCUAGUAUAACUGUAGACAACGAAACACAAUUUAAAGAACAUUUAACUGUAUUUCUCACUCAGUCUGAGUUUAGUCAAGAUGUUAAUUUUACUAACAAUCAAAUCUAUGCAUCACGCAUGUUCAUUCAGACUGUGGACAUCCGCACAGCAAUUGAUGAGAAGAACAUGUUGAAUGCAUUUAGAGAAACCACUCUCAAAUGCGGUAAGCUGCAGACACCUGUUGAUCUAAUAGUGUACCACCCUGCAUUCAUCUAUUUCGACCAAUAUGCCGUCAUUAUCAGUAAUACGAUCCAAAAUAUAGUAGUUGCUACAGGUGUGAUGUUAGUGAUUUCACUCCUGCUGAUCCCAAACCCUCUCUGCUCUCUCUGGGUGACAUUUGCCAUUGCAUCUGUCAUUGUGGGAGUAGCCGGUUUCAUGGCAUUAUGGGAUGUUAGUUUAGAUUCUGUGUCUAUGAUUAACCUUGUUAUCUGCAUUGGGUUUUCUGUAGACUUCUCCGCUCACAUAUCCUAUGCUUUUGUGUCAAGUAAAAAAUCCUCCGCAAAUGAAAAAGCUGCAGAUGCCGUCAAUAAACUGGGCUAUCCGAUCAUUCAGGGUGCAGUGUCUACUAUUGCAGGUGUGGUGGUGCUCGCGGCUGCUAAAAGCUACAUUUUCAGGACCUUUUUCAAAAUCAUGUUUUUAGUCAUUCUUUUUGGGGCAGUCCAUGGCAUUGUAUUCAUACCUGUGUUUCUGACUUUCCUUGGCACUUGUAGCAUCAGUCCUGUAAAAAAUAAACAAAACCUCCCAGAGCACAGUGACACAAAUACAGCAAAAAAACAGCAAGUAAACACAGUCACAAGUCAGAAAAUGCAACAGGUGAAUGGAUCAUGUCCUGAUCCUGAUUGUUACUGAGCUUACUUUUCUGGAAAAAAUCACCUGGUUGGAUAAGCUUUUUUCUUUUUGUAUGAGCUUAGCAUUACAUGGCACUUUGAUUUGACCAUGCAAGAUCAUCUUGAAAUAGCUUAAUUCUGUUAUGUUCUUAUGCAUACCCUGCAUCUUACAUGUUUUUGUGUAUUUAUAUUUUAAUUAUGUUUAUUUUCUUUAUUCUUUUUAUCAUUUUCAUCAGUAUGAUUUUCAAUGCAGUUAUAUGUAAACCUAUUCAUUAACACUUUUAACCCAAACACAAAUUUGCAUUUGUAAUCCAGUUACAUUCAAGUACAUUGACUACAACAUCACUGAACAUUGGGAAUUUUAUGUUUGACAUUAAAAGAAUCUCAGAAUCUCAGUUGUCAUUGACGUUAAUUAGUGAGUAAUUUAUCACAGCAUAUGCAUAAACAGGGCUGCCAACUUGCGCAACUGACACAUUUCUCACCCUCUCACGCCACACAUCCAUUUUCUCACACAGUCAAAAGUAUCUUCAGUUAAAACUGUAAUAAAAAGAUAUUGGGGAAACAGAUUUGAUAAAGGCUUCAGUGCGAUUUGUAUUUGCGCUCUGGAAAUCACCAAAAGAUUCUAUUUACAACAUGUUUUUGUAGCGCUGAGCAAUGUAGCCAAUCACAGACAUAUCUGUUGAUUUCUUGAACACCUGUGAUUGGCCAUUGCGUUUGUAACGGGGUUAAA